UGUUUUGGGUUUAGACGUUGCCGGUGCAGCACUGGCGGUCGAGUAUGUCUAAAUGACACACACGCCAUACUUGAUUGGCAUUCUAAAUCAGCCUAGUGCGUAUGCCGUACAGCAAAAACUGCCCGCAGCGAUGCGUAUCCCAACAAGCUGACGCAUUUCUAUUCGCGUAGGACCGAGGAGCUGCGUAACUUCCAUGCGCCCGACGCCAGCGUACAUCGUGAAUGUGACCUCGGCUGCGCUCGGUUUAAUUGUUGUCUCGUUGACAUGGGCAUGCAAUGUCGCAGAGGUGCGACAUCUAAGCUCCGCGCUGUACGGCCCUCCCGCCGCUGGCAUCUCCCCACUUCAGCACCACGCUCCGACUCCUCUCCGUCUCCGCCGCCGCCCGCGCAUCGUCAUCACACGCCACUCCUCGCGGUCCCGUUACGCGAAUCAAGAAUCUUCUCUCGCGGCAUUAUACUCGCCGGCUAGCAGCGCCAUACGCCUUUUCGACAUUGACCGGGCCCCCGCAAGACUCAGGCACGGGCGCACAGCGUCUGGCAGCUCCCGGCAACCCCAAGAGUUCGAGUCACAGGGCCCUGUGACACCAUCUAUCUAUCCAGGGCAACCGACCUCUUCCCUUCCGCCUGCACACGCUAUCCGGCUCCCGCAUCUGAUGCGCUGAUUAUCCGCGCUCGAUAAAUGCUCUUAACUCUGUCUGUUCGGGCGCUGCCUCAAGGCCUCAUUGCUCCCUUGCUGAUUCGCCACACCGCUUUGCAAGUCCGCGGGUCCGGCGGCGCGACGUCCGCCGCCAGGCGGAGCCUCUUUCUCCCCCCCCCCCCCCCC